AUGACGAGCCGAAAGAUCGAAGCCGCAACAUAUACCCACGGCCACCAUGCCUCCGUGCUCCGCUCCCACACGUGGCGCAAUGCCCUCAAUUCGGCCGCCUACCUCAUCCCCCAUAUCCAGCCGCACAUGAAAAUCCUCGACAUUGGCUGCGGGCCGGGCACCAUAACAGUAGACCUGGCCAGACUUGUCCCGCAGGGCCACGUUACCGGCCUCGAGCGCGAGCCAAAGGUGCUGGAGCAGGCCCGCGCGCUGGCCGACGAACAAGGCGUCCCCAACGUCGACUUUGUGCAAGGCGACGCGAACGCGCUGAGCUAUGCCCAAGACACGUUCGACAUUGUCCUCUGCCACCAGCUUCUCCAGCACGUCAAAGACCCCGUGGGCAUUCUGCGGGAAAUGCGCCGGGUGGCCAAGCCGGGCGGCAUUGUUGCCGCUCGCGAGGCGGACUUUGGGUCCUUCGCCUGGUACCCCGAGGUGGCGGGAAUGGCGCAGUGGCAGCUUCUAUAUCGACGGGUCGCGAGGGCAAACGGGGGCGAGCCCGACGCGGGCAGGAUGGUGCAUGCUUGGGCCAAGAAGGCGGGGUUCUCGCCCGGCGGCAUUAGCUGCAGCGUAAGCUCGUGGUGCUACAGCACAAGGGAGGAAAUCGACUGGUGGAGCGGCCUGUGGUCGGAACGAACGAUGGCGUCGGGGUUUGCCGAGUCUGCCAUUGAGACUGGGACGGCAACACGGGCACAGAUCGAGGACGCGUCGGGGGCGUGGCGACGGUGGGGGGAGGAGCAAGACGCGUGGUUUGCGGUGCCAAGUGGUGAAGUCGUGUGCAGGAAGUGA